AUGGCGGCAGACAUUGGCCACAUUGCACAGCUGCUGGAUGCCACCCUUGAUCCGCAGCAGCACAAGAAAGCUGAGAAUGCCCUCAAGCAAGAAGAAAAGAAGCCUCAAUAUUCGCUGCAGCUCCUCAACAUCGUCGCUGCAAAGCCGUUGGCCGCCAAAACCCGCCUCGCAGCCGCGCUCGCCUUCAAGAACUUCAUCCGUCUCAACUAUGUCGACGAAGAAGGCAACUACAAGCUGCCCCUCGACGAGGUUGCGACCAUCAAACAGGAGCUUGUCGGUCUCAUGAUCUCCUCCCCACCAAACAUCCAGACCCAACUAGGAGAAGCUAUCAGCAUUAUCGCCGAUUCCGAUUUCUGGGAGCGAUGGAACACAUUAAUUCAGGAUCUCGUCAGUAGGCUUUCGCCCACCGACUUCAAAAUCACAAACGGCGUAUUGGAGGUCGCUCAUUCGAUCUUUGUGCGGUGGCGUCCUCUAUUCCAAUCCAAUGCUCUGUACGAAGAGAUCAACCACGUGCUUGCCGUCUUUGGGGAGCCAUUCAUCCAGAUGCUGAACGUCGUUGACAAGCAGAUCGAGGCCAACAAGGACAAUGCUGAUCAACUGAAGGGUUGGUUCGAGACUAUGAGCCUUCUGGUCAAGAUAUUCUACGAUCUCUCCUCCCAAGACCUUCCACCGGUGAUUGAAUCGCAUCUCCAGCCCAUCACAGGCUUGCUAGACAAGUACUUGUCAUAUACGAAUCCCCUGUUCGAGUCCGAUGACGACGAUGCCACUGCACUAGAGACGACAAAAGCCGACAUUUGCGAGGCUCUGCAGCUCUAUACUACUAAGUAUGAUGACGAUUUCGGCGGUUUCUGCGGCCAGUUCAUCACUUCUGUCUGGAAUCUGCUCUCCACAACUGGCCCCGAGAAGAAGUACGACCUACUUGUCAGCAAAGCCCUUCAAUUCCUGACGGCAGUUGCUUCAGUGCCGCGGCACGCAGAAGCUUUCAAUAACCAGGAGACCCUUGGGCAGAUCGUGGAAAAGGUCAUUCUCCCCAAUGUCGCGCUUAGGGAGUCCGAUAUUGAGAUGUUCGAGGAUGAGCCGAUUGAGUUCAUCCGUCGUGAUCUAGAGGGAUCUGACACAGACUCAAGGAGACGAGCUGCUACAGACUUCUUGAGAAAGCUUCUCGAGAACUUCGAAGUGCUCGUCACGACUGUGGUGUCCAAGUACAUAAACCACUACCUGAGUCUUGGCAAGUCAGACUGGAAAGCAAAGGAUACUGCUGUUUAUCUCUUCAUUGCCAUCGCAGCAAAGGGCACCGUCACCGCAGCACAGGGCAUCAAGACGGUAAACCCACACGUCAAUGUCAUUGAUUUUUUCCAGAACAAUGUCGCGUCCGACCUAUUGGACGAUGCUGGAGUUGAACCGAUCUCCAAGGUGGACGCUAUCAAAUACCUGCACAACUUCCGGAGCCAGCUGACCAAGGAGCAAUGGCAACAUGCCUUCCCACCCCUCAUCAAGAAUAUGGCUUCCACAAACUACGUGGUGUAUACAUACGCUGCCAUUGCCGUGGAACGAGUCCUAUACUUUACCAAUGAUGCUGGAGAGCACUUGUUCAGCCGAGGCGAUAUCGAGCCAUUUGCAUCAGAUCUUUUGGAUCACUUGUUCAAUUUGGUAGAGAAGGAGAAAGCACCAGCAAAGAUGCAGGAGAACGAAUUUUUGAUGAGAUGCAUCAUGAGAGUGCUCAUCGUCAUCAAGGAUGGAGUCACCCCUAUCAUGGACAGAAUUCUUGAUCAUCUAAUCGCGAUUACCAACAUCAUUAAGGCGAACCCUAGUAAUCCUCGCUUUUACUACUAUCAUUUCGAAGCAGUCGGAGCUCUUGUUAGGUUCUGCGGCGCAACACACGAAUCAAAGCUGCAGGAGCGUUUGUGGGAACCCUUCUCCUAUAUCCUCAAUGAGGACGUUUCAGAGUUCGUCCCAUAUGUCUUCCAAAUCUUUGCAGCUUUGCUGGAAGCGAACCCCACAAGCCCUCUACCCGAGAACUUCAAAACUCUGAUUCCCCUUAUCCUAUUACCUAAUGUCUGGGAUACGCGAGGUAAUGUGCCCGGUGUGGCGAGAUUCCUUGCAGCAAUUAUUCCCAAGGCAACCCAAUCCAUUGUUGCCGAAAAGCAAUUGGAGCCCAUCCUAGGUAUCUUCCAGAGACUGGUAUCUGGAAAGAAGACUGAACAGAACGCCUUCGACAUCCUCGAAGCCGUUGGUGGCUCGUUCAAUGCCGCUGCCUUGGAUCCCUACUUUGGCACAAUUCUCACUAUUCUAUUUACAAAACUCCAGAGUAACCCAUCAGACUCCUUCAAGCAGCGGUUUGUCCGCUUCUAUCACCUGGUGUCGGCCAAAGGCGCCGAGGCUGGUCAAGGAGCCGACUAUUUCAUUAACAACGCUGAGACUCUUCAAUCUGGCGUUUUCACCCCUAUCUAUCUCAACAUCAUUCUCCAGACAACUGGUCAAUUUGCUCGGCCAGUUGACCGGAAGAUUGGUGUCAUCUCAUACACCAAAACCUUGUGUGAUUCGCAAGCUUUCGCACAGAAGUACCAAAAGGGAUGGGGAUUCACUUGCAAUCACUUGUUGGAUCUCCUAAAGAACCCGCCCAAGGUGGCCGCGGGAGUCGGUGAUGAGAUUAUCACGGAGGCGGAUGUAGACGACAUCGGCUUUGGCGUGGGCUAUACCCCUCUGAACACCUGCAAACGCAGUGCCCGUGAUGAUUUCCCCGAAAUCACGGAUGUCCAGAGCUGGGUAGGCCAAUUCAUGAAGGAGGCCAACACCCGACACAAUGGCGCAAUUGCUAACUUCGUCACGCAACGCCUAACGCCAGAGGCACAAGAGGCCUUGGCACCCUACUUGCGUUAA